UGCUGUACCAGUAUCAGAUGACCUUACAUAUGAUCUUGUAUCUACAGAAGAGCCUAACACCACAAUAGUAGUUGCCCCCAUAGGAAAAACCUUAUCUACUGACAAUAAUGCCCUUCUACUGGAUAAUCUAACACCAAUGGAUACUAACAAACACUCUAAUAA